CGCUGCCGCUCCCGGCAAUGGCCUUUUCGACUGAACGAAGAACCCAAAAGAAAAGUCCGAAAGGAGAACGCAGACCGGGUUUUCCGCAGUCCAGUCUUAAGGUCCACCUUGAGGAGACGGGCGAAGCGUUCACCGUUCGGAAAUGCCGCGGAGACACGACCGUCAAAGAGCUCAAAGAGGGCCUGGAGCUGCUGGCCGGAGUGCCCAUGAACUUACAGAGGUUGUGCUACCUGGACCGAGGAGACUUGCUCUCAGAUUCAACUCUCCGCUUCUAUGACAUUGUGCCAGGUGGGACCGUAACCCUCAAGGUGUGGCACUAUGAUGGCUACCAGAAGCUAGUGAAAGCUGCAGCAGAAGGAGACGUCCAUCUGCUAUCUGCUUUAGGAGUGACUCCAGACACGUCCUAUGCUACCCCCAAUUCUUCCCGGAUGAGUGGACCACAGUGGACUUCAUGGAUUGCUGAAAGGGCCGCAGUUGCUCUGUAUGUUGCUGCCCACCGUGGACACCAAGAUGCUGUCAAAUUCCUUCUGCAGCGUGGUGCCAGUAUGAAAUAUACAACACCAUUGGGGCGAACUGCACUGCAUGCAGCCGCAGCUAUGGGCCAUGGGCAGUGUAUUGAGCUACUGCUGGAACAUGGAGCACCAAUCCACGCAAGAGACAAGGAAGGACUCACCGCUCUGGAGCUAGCCAAUCAGAAGGGCCAGAAGAAGAGUUCUCGCCAGCUGUACUUGUUCCAGUGGAAGCAGCGAGCAGCGGGUGUCCGGGUCAAAACCCACUUGGACGUGGAUGAGCUCUUUGCACACCAGAGGUUUGACUCUAAGCUGAAGACAUGGCACACCAGUCCUCUAGCCAGGAUCUAUAUGGCCAACCUCCAGAAGCCUGGUGAGUUCCAAGGCACAAGUCUAAGUGCACCUUCUAACGUGCCAAAGAUUCCCAACAAAGCAGAGAGACUUAGGGUCAAAUGCUGAACUGGCAAGUGUCCUAGGAGUAGAACCUCUACCUCUUCUGCACGUAGGAUGGAGAUUUUUCCAAGCUAUAUUUUAUUUUACAGUGUUUACCUUGCUUUUGUAUUAAAUAAACAUUUUAGGCCUUGCCUCCCUGAGCAGUUUUUAGUAAACUGGCAACCACAGUUGCGCUGCCAUGGCCUUAUGCCCAAUGCUGUCAGGAUAAGCACUGGUUACCUUAGACUGAACCUGCACUUAAAAAACAGAGGUUUGAGAAUUUAUGUAUGGAUCCAGAGCACUGGUAUAUCUAAAUGACACCACCAUCUUGGCAUCUUAAAUCUCCUCAUUCUGAAUGAGGAACGGGUAAGCAAGGUGGCUUGUAUCAAGGGUGCAAAGUCCUGCGGCUUUUUAGCUGAUGUUCCAAGCAAACAGAAGUGAUGUAGUCCAUCCAUCCUUCCUGGGCUUAUCAGAGAGGAUAUAUUCGUGAAAAUAAUCAUUCAUCGACAAAGGGUAAGGUGAAUGAAAUAGGUAGUGACAAAAGAUAUUUUGCUAACCAGAUUCAUUUCAAUUGAGAUAUUCAAACAAACAUCACUUUCAAGAACUGACCAGACAGACAACACAUUUAACACAACGGCACUACCGUCCAGAAGACACAGGAAAACCCCAGUGAGGAUUGAUGUAGAGGAAUCUAGUUUAGAAACUAACAGUGCUCCAGUCCAAAUCACAGGGUCAUGCAGCUAAUGUAGAGCACCACUAAGCUCAAAGGAAGAUCUGGACCAGCAAAAAUAUACAUCUACACAGGACGACUUGCCAUUAUUGAUGGAACUAUGAAUUCUUUAUUAUACCAGCAAAUUCUAGAGGCAAAUUUCAGGGUAUGCAUUGUUAAACUGAAGCUGAAGAGAAAGUAGGUCAUGCAACAAGACAGCGACCCUAAACA